AGACGAGAAGAAAGGUGGGAGGAGGAGGAGGAGGAGAUCAAGAUGGAGACAAUGGAGCAGGAUGAUCCAGAUCCAGGCAGACUAGAUCAGUGUUUUCUUCAGUCAUCAUCAAAGAAGAUUCUGCCUGCAGGAGAUGAGAAAAUACAGAGACCCACAGCCAGGCAUCAUGCAGAAAGUGAGAGACCUUGGAACACUCAGCCCUCAAUGUGAUGCCUUCAUCAAAUUCCUCUCCUCAGGAUUCAGGGAACCUCACAGAAGAGGACAUGGGAAGAGUUUAAGAGCCAAAGGGAUGGAGGACACCAAGGAAACAAGGCCUUCUACAUCAGCAUUGUCUACACACACAUGAACUCACAGAGCCUGAGGCAGCAGGCUCAGGGCCUGCAUCUGCACCAAAUGGGGUCCUGGACCAGAAAGGACACACCCCUGUCCUUAACUCAGAAGCAAUCUCCAGAUGAUAACCACUUGCUAAUGAAAAUCUAGUCUCCUCCAAGGGAGUCUCACUGGGGAAACAAACUACUCUAAAGGGUAGGCUGCAUGAUCAGCAGCAGAUAAGUAACUAAGGGCAUCUUUGGAGGUCCCUUUUUUUAUCUUAUUAUUUUUUAUUUUUCUCUUUUUACCCUGUGAGUCCUUUGCAUACAGAUUAUAGUUUCUAGUUUAGGCUUUUUAUGGGAUUCCUGAAUGAGUGGGUCUCCACUGAUUUUGUGCCUCCUCUUGACCUCCUUUUUCUUCUGUUCAUUUCUUUUUAUGCAAUUCUGAUCUGUUAGUUUUCGUUUUAUAAUAUAUAUUAUAUUAUAAUAUAACAUAACAUAAUAAUAUAAUAUGUUGAUUGAUAUCCCUUAGAAGCCUGCUUGUUUUCUAAUGAGAGACAGAAAAGAAAGGGAUCUGGAUAGGAAGGGUAUGGAAAGAAACUAGUAUUAGAGAGAGAGAGAGAGAGAGAGAGAGAGAGAGAGAGAGAGAGAGAGAGAGAGAGAGAGAGAGAGAGAGAGAGAGAGAAAGAGAGGCUGGAGAAAUGGCUCAGUGGUUAAGAGCACCGACUGCUCUUCCAGAGGUCCCGAGUUCAAUUCCCAGCAACCACAUGGUGGCUCACAACCAUCUGUAAUGGGAUCUGGUGCCCUCUUCUGGCCUGCAGACAUACAUGCAGGCAGAAUGCUGUAUACAUAAUUUUUACAUCUUUAAAAGAAAGAAAAGGAAGGAAGGAAAAAAAACUAAUGAACAAACGAACUAGAGAAAGGGCAAACCAUAAUCAGAAUAUGUUAUGUGAGGAAAAACUCUAUUUUCAAUAAAAGAAAAAUAAAAUAGAAUAAGUGCUGGAGGGAAGUUUCAACCAUUAAGCACUGCCCUUGCCAAGGACCCAGGUCCCAUUCCCAGCACCCACACUGGAUGGCUCACAACAGUCUAUAAUUCCAGCUUCUGAGGAAUCUAACACCUCUGGCCCCUGAGGCCACCUACACUCUCAUAUAUAUAUAUAUAUAUAUAUAUAUAUAUAUAUAUAUAUAUAUAUAUAUACACACACACACACACACACACACACACACACAAAUAAAAGGCAAGAAUAAAUUAUCUACAGAAACCCUGGAACACACCAAAAACUUAGCAAUGGAAGAAAGGAUAAGGAAACAAUAGGCACACGUGAACCAGAAGGAAGCUAGAGGAGCCCAGUGCGGGAGUGCAUGCCUCGGAUCCAGGAAUUCAAGAGUCAGAAGCCAAGGAUCUCUGUAGGUUUUUCUGGUCAACACCAAUCCUUCCAGGGCAGCAAGAGAUGUAUAAGGAGACUUGGUCUCAAAGACAAACUAACAAACAAAACCCAGAGGAACGAUUGUAAUGUAUAAUAGCAAUUAAAUUUAAAGUCACAAUAUCAUGCAGAAAUACAAAUGUUACAGAUAGAUUGAAAGUGAAUGUCAAGAGGGUCUAUGAUUGUAUACCUAAAUGAUCCAUCUCCAAUAGCAACCCUUAACCUUUACUAAGUGCUUGCUGUAUGUCAAGUAUUCUUCUGUUUAGUAACUCAGGUACUCUUCAUGUCCCCUAUAGGGUUACUACGGUUAUCUCCCAGUCUACUGAGGAAGGAAAUGAGCUUAAGCAAGGACAGGUCCAAGCUGCCUGACUCGGAGUUCACAAAUACACACACACACACACAUACACCCACACACACCACACACACCUACAUACACACACACACACACUCCACACACACACACACACCUACACAUACACCCACACACACCUACAUACACACACACCACACACACACACACCCCUACACAUACACCCACACACACCUACAUACACACACACACUACACAUACACACACCUACACAUACACCCACACACACCACACACACCUACAUACACACACACACACUCCACACACACACCUACACACACACCUACACACACACCUACACAUACACCCACACACACCACACACACCUACAUACACACACACACUCCACACACACACACACCUACACAUACACCCACACACACCACACACACCUACAUACACACACACUACACACACACACCUACACAUACACACACACACCUAUAUACACACACAGACACACACCUACGCAUACACCCACACACACCACACACAGCUACAUACACACACACACUCCACACACACACACCUACACAUACACCCACACACACCACACACACCUACAUACACACACACACUCCACACAUACACACACACACACCUACACAUACAUCCACACACACCACACACACCUACAUACACACACACACACUCCACACACACACACACUCCACACACACACACACACACCUACACAUACACAUACACCCACACACACCACACACACCUACACACACACACACACACCCCUACACAUACACCCACACACACCUACAUACACACACACUACACACACACACCUACACAUACACCCACACACACCACACACACCUACAUACACACACACACUCCACACACACACACACACCUACACAUACACCCACACACACCACACACACCUACAUACACACACACACACACUACACACACACACACCUACACAUACACACACACACCUACACAUACACCCACACACACCACACACACCUACAUACACACACACACUCCACACACACACACACACACACCUACACAUACACCCACACACACCACACACACCUACAUACACACACACUCCACACACACACACACACCUACACAUACACCCACACACACCACACACACCUACAUACACACACACACUCCACACACACACACACCUACACAUACACCCACACACACCACACACACCUACAUACACACACACACUCCACACACACACACACCUACACAUACACCCACACACACCACACACACCUACAUACACACACACACUACGCACACACCUACACAUACACCCACACACACCACACACACCUACAUACACACACACACACCUACACAUACACCCACACACACCACACACACCUACAUACACACACACACACUCCACACACACACACACACACACACACACUACACACACAAAGUAGGGAAGAAGAAAGGGUUUGGUGGGUGGGGAAAAGAUGGGAUGGGUAGGAGAAUAUGGGAAUAUAAACAAAACGCAUUGUGUGUGUGAAGAAUGAAUAAUGUUUUUAAAGAAAAAUGUGUGUAAGUACAGCAGAUACAGAACACACAUCUGUGAUGCUGGGUUCAUCUCAACACAACCGUGAAUGUUCAUCAAUAAACUUUCAUGAGCGUUUAUUGGUAUGGCUCUUCCAGAUCUCAUGCAAGAGAGAAAGACAUCAAGCAGAGGAGAGCUUGGGUUUGGUUGGGAGCAGCCCUGUAGCAGUAGAUGUGUAUAGGCUGCUUAACUGCUUGGUGACUCGGUUUCCUUCCCUGUAAAUGAAGCCGAUGACAUCACAUGCCUAAUUCUCGGGAGUAAUAAAGGAGAUAGAAUGGGGAGGUAAGAAUUGUUCCUAGCACCUCCACAGCUCCUAGGGGAGCCUUUUGGAAAGUGAUCUGCUGGGCAACUGUAGCUUGAGAAACCAAGAUAACUGUUAGACAAGCUCUCAGGACUGUCUUCUCACACUUGCUGGUCCUGAUGGAGCAGCCAAGCAAUGUUUGGGGAGUCCAGGGCUCCUUCAGCCAUUUUCUUCUUUCACUAAGAAAGUCAGUGUAGGGCUGGGGAUUUAGCUCAGUGGUAGAGCGCUUCCCUAGCAAGCGCAAGGCCCUGGGUUCAGUCCCCAGCUCUGAAAAAUAGAAAAAAAAAGUCAGUGUUAAAAAAGAAGAAUAGAGUUGGGGGAAAGGCAGGGAAAGAGCAGGUGCCUGUGACACAGGCUUCCUGUGAUCAAUGACAGUGCACAAAUGUUUAAUGGUUGAUACUGUAGAACAGAGGUUCUCAAGCUGUUGACUGUGACCCCUUUGGGGGUCCAGCGAUCUUCACAAGGGUAGUCUAUCAGAUGCCCUGCAUGUCAGAUAUUUACAUUUGGACUCAUAAUGGCAGCAAAAAUUACAAUUAUAAAGUAACAACAAAAUAAUUGUAUGACUGGGGUGGGAGGGUCACCACAACCUGUGGAACUGGAUUAAAAGGCCAAGCAUUAGGAAGGUUGAGAGCCACUGCUGUAGAAAGAAAGGGGUUCUACACUUAAUCUACCAGCCCACCUUUUCUAAGGUAACAUGGGGAAAUUUUUUCUUUGUUUUCUAAGUAUGUUUUAUUGAAUUAAGCAUAAGCAUACCCAAAGUAGAUAGCUACGGUCAUUUGCAAAAUCAUAGGAGCAACACCAAGCAACUCGGAGUCUAGUUUCUUUCUGACAUUUAUUUACUGGGAUAUUUGUCAAAUGAUUAAAAACUACUUGUCACACCACAGCAUCUCAGUUUUAGAGAUAAUGCUGGCACUAGUGUUACUGGUAGAACAACCAGGAGAAGCACAUAUUAAAAGGGGGUGGAGGGCUGUUUGCGAGGGUGACAGUUCUUUCUCAAACUUGUCCCCGAGGACGUAUAUCAUCCCACUCCUCUUUGCACUUUGUCCAGGAUGUGAGGCUGAAUGAGUUGCCUGUGUCAGAUGUGGAAGCCUGGGUAGGAUAAACAGUUUUCAUUUGGUGCCAUAAAACUUCAGACCAGAAGGUCACCACAGUAGCUCAGGUAUAAAGACUGGAAGGUGAGGCCCUCCAAACAGAGCACCCUUCCCUCUCCUCUCACCUCAUGAGAGCACAGAUUGAAAACACUCCCUGACACCUGUGUCAGGCCUAGAGCAUGUUUCUGGAAGGUGCUGACCUCCAGUGACUUCUCUUCCUUCUCCCAUGCAGACUCUUGCUUUGACCGAAGGUGAAGUUGUGUCCUUCCUUGCGCCUGUUUUGAAGCGGGCACUUCCCUUUUGAUCUUGUGUGACUGCUGCAUUUCACCUUCCCCAAGUAAAUUAAAAACAACAACCUAACAACAACAACAACAACAACAC